AUGUCAGAUAAACCACAAAAAAUUGCCGAACGCAGAACGAGCAGACGUCCGAAACAGAAAGAAAAAACGGACAAAUCGAAAAGUGCCGAAACUACGCAGCAGCACGAAAAGGCAACAGAAAAGGCUGUGGAAAAUUCCAAACAAAAGGCAUCGGCUGAAACUACGCAGCAGCAAAAUCUAUUGAUUGUUGAGAAAGAAGCAACAAAUAAAAUGUCGACGAGAAAACGAGAUAUUUAUGCACGGAAUAUAACCAAGGCUCAUGGAACGGUAUGUGAAAAUUCGUUCAACAAUUUGUCACGCAUUGAAAUUGAAGACCACUUGUUAAUACUCGAACAAGACUGGGAAGCCUUCAAAAAAGAACAUGAAGCAAUCGUCGAUACGUUAACCGACAGCGGUGAAAUCGACAAACAAUACGACGAAUAUGAUAAAAUACAAGAUUUGUAUCGCCCAACACGAUCAAUAUGCCGAACACGCAUGGAGGUUUUAGCACCAAAGCAACAACACCCGCAGUCACAGGCGACUGAACGAAUUAGUGUUGAAAUGCCGCAUUUAGAAAUCCCAAAUACGUGGGGAAAAUUUGCAGGUGGCAAAGGCGGUCAUACGGCUUGGAAGAGUUUCCGUAACUGUUUCAAAGUUAUCCAUGAGGACACGAAGCUAGCACCAUCGCGCAAAUGCUAUUACUUAUCCGAGGCGUUGAUUGGUGAGGCAGCCGGGGCCAGAGGCGAACUGGCAAUCACGGAACAAACAUACCAGAUCAUUUGGCAAAGACUGGAAGAACGAUACGGAGACGAUUACAAGAUUGUUGAAGAGUUAGUAGGCAAACUACUCACAAUGCCGAAAAUGUCGAAGCCAUCAUGCAGUGGUUUACGACGCAUUCUUGAUAUUAUGCGCGAUGCAUUGGGAAUGCUUGACGAGUAUUUCGAUACCACACAAUGGGAUCCAAUUCUCGUGUUUCUCGUGCUAAGUUUGGUUGAUAACGACACCCGCAGCGAAUGGGAAAAGAUCCGACCAAAACCAAAAAAGGCUAUGGUAUCAGAAAAUCAAGCUGAGGCCGCAACCGCCGGUGAAGAAACGGCCGGCGGUGACCAACAAACGCCGAAGAAGAUUAAGAGCCAUGUGCCGCCAUGGAAAGAAUUGGAAAAGUUCAUUGAACAACAGGCCAAAUAUUUUGCUCACCUUGAUGACCGACAAGGAGCCGGAGCAUCCAGUUCACGAAGUUCAAGCGCGACGCGCCCACAAAAUACGAACAACGUUCCCCAGGCAAGUUCUUUCAAGCGAGAACGGGCUCCAUGUGAAUUAUGCCAAGGCCCUCAUCCGAUUUUCAAAUGUGAGCGAUGGCUCAAAGAAAUGAAUUUAGCAGGCCGACAACAAUUCAUGAGAGAAAACAAUUUAUGUCACAUGUGUUUGCGCCCGAAUCACAAUGAUUUUUACUGUUAUACGAACAAAGACGGCACACCUAAGGCAACAACACCAUGCCCACGUUGCAAAGGGGGCAAAUAUCACAACAGCACGCUUUGUCCGACACUUGAAGCCGAAAAACGUACGCAGACGCUCAGUGUGCAACAAAACGAAUCACGUCCAGGCAGCUCACAACAAGGCAAACGCAGUCAUCAGGCUGGCGGACAGGAUGUGGUCCGUUAUUGGGAUAUGGACAUCGAAGAAGAUGAUGAAGAUGCCCAUCCUUCCCACCCUAAACAAGCACGAAUGUCGGAAUUGGCAUCUUCAUAUAGGUCUUCUUUACAGUCGGCAGUGACACGAGCCGGCGAUUGGUCAAUCGCGAACGAACAACGGAUCAAUCGUGAUGACGAUGAAGAAGACGAGGACAGCCAAGCGCCGACAACAAGCCGACAAAAAUUCACGAAAGGGGCACAGGCGGGCUUGAUUACAGUGGCAAGCGCAAAGGCUAAUGCCUUGCCACUAAGGCCAUGUUCGAGAUACAUGAACGGAAUUGGUGGAAUAAGCUCGUUUACAAGAAAAAUCCAAGCUUUCAUAUUGCCCUGGUUUGAAAGUGAUUUUAGAUUAAGAACAGAAUUAUUUGUAAGUAACGAAUUCGGAGGCACACAACCGUGGAUUAAUUUGAGCGUCUUAAGGCCGAUUGACGACAGGCUAACAUUGGCCGAUAUGAACUUUGACAUCCCCGCACCUGUGGAUAUAUUGCUGGCUGCAGAUGUGUGGGGUGACAUCAUAGGCUCGAUGCUAUAUCAGCAUCCAACUGGCGCUGUUAUGCACGAAACAGCGCUAGGCCAUGUGAUUUUAGGCGGAACUUGGGUACCACCAGAGGCUUUUGGUACGGCGGCAUACCAAGCCAUGAUCGCACAUGCCGAAGAAGAGCGACCAAACGAAGAGGCAUUAGACGAACUAUUGAAGAAAUUUUUCGAAAGUGAAGGCAUUGCAGAGCUUAGUUCUACACUAACGGCUGAAGAAAAGGCGGCUGAAGAUUCAUAUACGGCCGAUAUGUUUCGAAAGCAAAAUGGUCGAUUUGUGGUUAAAAUACCACUGAAACCAGGCAAAACGUUAGGCGAAUCAAGAAAGAUUGUAAUGCGUAGAUUUUUCGCCCUUGAACGGAGGCUGCAGAGAGAUGACAAUUUGAGAUUGAAAUACGUUCAUUUUAUGCGCGAACUUGAACAAUUAGGCCACAUGAGAAAAGCUCCGAAACCAUCGAUAGGCGAUGUUACGUAUUAUAUACCGCAUCACGCCAUCAAUGCUGAUAAGUUCCGAACGGUAUUUGAUGCAUCAUGUAGAACGUCAAAUGGAGAAUCGCUGAACUCAAUUCAGUUAAUAGGCCCGAAGCUACAAGCUGAUUUACAGUUUCAUAUCAUGCGUUUUAGGCGAUAUAAAUACGCAGUUAUUGCCGAUGUCGUUAAAAUGUUUCGUCAGGUUUGCCUGCACCCAUCGCAGUGGAAUCUACAACGGAUAUUUUGGCGCGAACGGCCAAGUGAUCCAUUAACAGAAUACCAAAUAACAGUCGUGAUGUAUGGGUUAGCAUCAUCGCUAUACAAUGCCGUGAGAUCAAUGGUAGAAUGCGCAAACCAUUAUGCGAAAGAUUACCCGCAGGCAGCGGGAGUAAUACAAAAAUGUUUCUAUGUUGACGAUGGAACUUUUGGCGAUGACACGAUCGCAGGCUUAAAAAUGCUGUGUAGAGAAGUGGAGUUUGUUCUUCGCCAAGGCGGCUUUGAACUAAGCAAAUGGGCAUCGAAUUGCAUCACUGUUGAAAAAUUUAUGCAAGGCGAUGAAAAGGACGUGGUCGAUAUAGGCGAAUCGAAUGAUGAAACCAAAGUUCUCGGUGUCCGCUGGAUCAAGGCAAAUGACCAGCUCACAAUUGUUGUACGGUUAACAACAGAACCGAAAUAUACGAAACGCGCUAUUUUGGGUGAGAUCGCCAGGCUGUAUGAUCCCAACGGCUACGUGACGCCAGUUUUAGUUGUUGCCAAAAUAUUAAUGCAAGAUAUUUGGAAAAUUGAGAGAUUAAAGUGGGAUGAGCCGGUCCCCGAUGGCAUUAAAAGCCGAUGGAACGAUUUUAGGCAAGAUUUACCGAAAUUAGGCGCGUUUCGGAUUCCGAGAUGGUUAGGCACAACCAAAGAUUGCGAACUACAAUUGCACGGUUUUGGCGAUGCCUGUAAAAAUGCGUACGGCGCAGCUAUUUACGCACGUGUUACAACAUUGAAAGGCGAAAUAAGAAGCAUUUUAUUGACUGGAAAAUCGAAAGUUGUUCCGAUUAAAAAUAGGCCGACAAACCAGCAACAAGAAACGGUAGCACGAGUGGAUGCGGAAACGCCAAUUCAUCGAUUGGAAUUACUUGCAGCAGUGAUGUGUAGCAAGUUAAUGAGGCAGAUAGUGGAGAUAUGCGGUUUUGAUAAAGCAAAACAAUUUAUGUGGUCGGAUUCAAUGGUCACGCUACAUUGGAUAAAAAAAUCACCUCUUGAAUUGAAAGUGUACGUUUCGAAUAGAGUGAAGGCUAUUCACGAAGCCAUAGGCGAAGCUCGAUGGGCUCAUAUCGGAACAUCAGAAAACCCGGCCGAUUUGUUGAGCAGAGGCAUGAAGGCUGAUGAAUUGCUUGCGAGUAAGUUGUGGAAAAGAGGUCCCAACUGGUUGAUAGAGUCGCAAGCAGAAUGGCCGAAACCACGAAUGGUUAUUACACCUGAAGAGACAGAGCAAAUAAAUCGUGAAACUAAGCAAAGGCAGGUUAUGGUUUCAGCGGUCAUGAUGACGUAUGUGUGUGAUCGGUUUUGUGAAUUAUGGCACAGAUCAAACGAUUGGAAGAAAAUCGUUCGUAUUACCGCUUACGUGCUUCGAUUCUUUCAUAACGUACGACUGAAGGAUCGAAGUAAGUGGAUCAGAGGUGGACCAGAAGUUCACGAGAUACAAAAUGCCUUUUGGAUCAAAUAUGCGCAAAUGCGGGCGUAUAAAAAGGAAAUUGAACUUGUUAAGCAGGGCGAUUCAGAGUUUUUUACGAAAAGUAAGAUUGCCAAUCUCAAUCCACAGUUAGACGAAAAAGGCAUGUUGAGGGUGUAUGGCCGAAUCGAUAAAGCUCUCGUGGAAUAUGACAUAAGGCACCCAGUCAUAAUCCCACCUAAAUCGAGGCUGUCUUAUUUAUUAGUGCAACAGGCGCACAAAGACACGAUGCACGGCUCAAGAAAGAUGAUGACCGCACAUUUGAGACGUGCAUACUGGAUUCCGCAGUUGCGUAAUGAAAUAAGAGAAACGAUUUCCAGAUGUGUAGUAUGUGUUCGCUAUAAAAAGACCAUGGCACAGCAGAUUAUGGCUGAAUUACCGGCGGUAAGAGUACGACCAGCCAAACCAUUUGACGCUGUUGGCAUUGAUCUGGCUGGGCCGUUUUAUGUCAAACAUACGGACAAGUUGAAUUUAAACACACGUUCAAGGGUAAGCAUCCCAGAUAUCAAAGGAUACGUAGCAGUCUUUGUGUGUAUGGUUACGCGCGCCAUACACCUGGAGCCAGUAAUGGACCUAUCCUCCGAGGCAUUUUUGCAAGCUUUUAAACGGUUUGUGGCAAGGCGUGGCCACCCAGAAAAAGCGUUCAGCGACAACGGAACGAAUUUAGUUGGAGCUGAAAGGCUGUUGGGCGAAGCCAUAAGAACAUGGCAGAGCUCUGAAGUGCAAGGCUAUGCCAAAUGGAACAACGUCACGUGGACUUUUAUAACGCCAGGUGCGCCACACGAAGGUGGGCUCUGGGAGGCCGGUGUAAAAAGUAUGAAGUAUCACCUUAGACGGGUGAUGGGUACACAACGGUACUCAUACGAAGGCAUGUCAACGCUACUGGCCGGUAUCGAGGCAUGCUUGAAUUCAAGGCCGAUUUGUGCGCUCUCAGACGACCCGAAUGAGAUCGAGGCACUCACGCCAGCACAUUUUUUAAUAGGCGGUCCAUUAAAACUGCCUGUGGCCGAGGCAGCGAACAAACCACCAACGAAAGCAAGGCGGCUGUUCGAAGAACUUCAAACGCAAACACAAUCGUUCUGGAAGCAGUGGCAGGACGAUUGUCUUCAUCAAAUGAUGAAUAGGCCAAAAUGGAAGGAAGCUCAACAGAACAUGCAAAUAGGCCAGCUUGUUUUGUUAAAAAACGAAAAUAUGCCGCCGACAUAUUGGCCGAUGGGCCGUAUCAUCGAAGUACAUGAGGCUGCCGAUG